AUGAAGUUCCUCAGCAUCUUCAGCGUCGCUCUCCUGUCUGCCGGCGCAUCGGCGCGUAGCCUCAGCUUCAUGGGCAGCGACUCGCAGCACGCCCUCGAAGAAGAGUUCCCCGUUCCUGGCGACAACCCUCUGCUCUUCUGCGCCGCCCCCACCGACAACAUUCUCACCAUUGAGAAGGCAUCUGGAGUCUUGUCGCAGGAUGUCGAGGAGGGCGCAAAGGUGCACCUACAAGUCAAGUACGGCUUGAUCCGCAUCAUCAACCAGGAGGCCGACUUGUGCGAGAACCUCAAGAAUGUUGAUCUCGAAUGUCCUCUUAAGAAGGGCCCUAUGGAGUUGACCAAGGACGUCGACCUUCCCAAGGAGAUUCCUCCCGGCAAGUACACUGUCCUCGCCGACGUCUACACCAAGGACAACGAGAAGAUCACCUGCUUGACCGCUACCGUCAUUUUCAGAAGAGGUGGUGCCUUUGAGGUUGUCGCUUAG